UUGAACAACCUGUUACAUUUUCAAAAGGUUAUGAAAGUGUAGAGAGUACGGGGAUUGUUGCAACUGCAAAAAUCAGAAAAUCUCCUGAUGAAUCACACAAAACUACUGUCUCUCAAACAAAACCUCAGACUGUUGGAACCCCAUCAGACCUGAUCACUAAAGCCCCCAAAUCUAGACCUGUUCUCUCUGCAGAGCCUCCAGCUUUGUCAGGUUGUGGUCUUCAUGGUUCUGCAGCCAUUAUAAAUGUUUCUCAGAUUAAACAUGCUUUUGAGUCAGACUCACUAGAGACCUUAAUGACACCUUCCUCUAUAGAGGAGCAGAAGAAGGAAACACAGUUUCCAGAAGAGUUCAUACCAAGUGUCACCAUUUUGACUGGCCAAAAUGAGCAAGUAGUUACAGCUGGAUUUGACAGCCAGCAUGCAGAAUUCAGGGAUGAACAUGCUUCACCUGUGAGUCCACAUUCUCUUGAUGAUUCUAUACCUCCUUCAGAAACCGUGCCUGUUAUCUUUGAUACUUCUCAGCUGCCUGGAAGUGAUGAUGCUGUGAAGCAGUUUGUGGAGAAAGUACAGGUGUCUCCAGAGUUGGUGAGGCCAUUACCUCAAAAACCUCCUCGUAGUACAGCAAGCAUUCAAACAAGUGAAACUGAGAUGGGCAAGGAGCCUAGAGAGUAUAUGUUUGACAGAACUAGUAGCUUCAUUCCUUUCAAGUCAGAAAAGGUUCCUGCAGUGAAACCCUUGGGCAGAGCAAAAACUCCAUCAGAAGAACCUAUGACCAUGAGUUCAGACAAAAGGGAACUUACAGAUAUCCUCUAUGGUCCAAAAGCAACAGGUGGUGAGGAAGACAAGAAAGAACUUCAUGGACACUUAGAUGAGGAAAUAAAGAUGUUGGAGAAGUCUUCUGCCUUGGUACAAGAGGUGAAGACGGUGGCCGAAGAGGCCACUGAAGAGCUGAUACCGAUGCUAGGACCAUCUAUGGACAGUGGUGUAUUUGUCAGUUUGCCAGAAUCACAGGAAUACGUGUUGGACAGAACAGAGAAAGAGCCGAUAGGGGAUAUUGGAGAGUCAACAGUAAAAGGUGAAUAUGACCUGACUGAAGCUAAUGAAAAUGCAGAAACUGAUCUGUUGAUUGUCAAGCCCAAAUCAAAUCUUCCUUUGCCACCAUAUGACGAACAAGAGGGAAUUAGUUUGGAGGGGGUCUUGAGAGAGGAAGUUAGAGAAACAACAGUAGCAGCAGUUGGUGCCAUUGAGGAAGAGGUAACCUUUGGUUCUGUUUACAACUACUACAAUCCUCCAGCAGAUUGGGGCAGGCCACUUUCUCCUGAGUCAGAGAUGUCUAUAGAGAUUGGCAGCACUGUUAGUGAAGAGAUAGCCGAGGUAGCAGAAAGGUUCUACACACCAGGGUCUUCUACAGAAGUGUCACAGCCAAUUGCAGAGUCUCUUCAUACUCUCAAAUCUCCUACGUCUUUCCACACUCCUGUUUCUGAUAUGUCUGGACGGUUUAUGACACCUGAAGAGGAUACCAUGUCCCCAGUAGAACGUAAAAAGUCUUCAACAAGAAGCUCAAAUGAGAGUUUCUACCCACCAUACCAGUUUCUAAAUUCUCCUGCUGAUGCAGGUUUUGAAACGCUUACAUCUGUAGUUAAUGUGGAUGAAACCCAAUUCCUCUCUCAGAGAGGAGGUUCUAUGGGGAUGGGAACUCUUCAGGAAAAGGUCCAGGGUAUUCCGCCCGCCUUCCUAAAGCCUCUCAUUAAAAAACGACUGUUUGAAAAUGACACGCUAAGAUUUUAUGCUGAAGUGUUUGGCCUACCUUCGCCUGAGGUGAGAUGGUUCUUUAGGAAAAAACUACUGGUUGCAGAUGACAGAGUAACGAUGGAAAGAGAUGGUGAUAACAUAUCUUUAACAAUUCACAGUGUAACUAAGGCUGAUCAGGGAGAAUAUAUCUGCGAGGCUGUGAACUAUGUUGGGGAAGCAAGGAGUGUUGCUCUAGUGGGAGUUUUAUCACAAGAGGUAAAGUUAAUACCAGCACCACCUGCUGUCACCCAUCAACAUGUGAUGGAGUUUGACGUCGAAGAGCACGACUCUCGCUCACCAUCCCCUCAGGAGAUUCUGCUAGAAGUAGAACUGGAUGAAAAUGAGGUGAAAGAGUUUGAAAAACAAGUGAAGAUAAUUACAAUUCCCGAGUACACCGCUGACAACAAGAGCAUGGUCAUAUCUUUGGAUGUUCUACCGAGUAUUUAUGAGGAAGGGACGGUGGACUUUGUAACUCAGGAACACGAUGAUUUGAAAAUAGCUUUUGAGGUGACAGAGAUGCCCCCUAGGUUCAUCAAUCCCAUCUGUGAUGUGGAAACUUCUGAGGGUUCUACUGUAAUGUUUGAGUGCUCACUGAUGGGAAUUCCAUCUCCUGUUGUGUCUUGGUUCAAGGGUGACAAAAAAAUUCCACACAACAACAAAAAGUACUUGCACUCCUCAGAUGGAGACAACCACCUCCUAAAGGUCUUUAAAGUGUCACCACAGGACAGUGGUGUGUAUACCUGCAGGGCUAUUAACUUAGUUGGGGAGACUUUAUGCAGGGCCUGCUUAGUGGUCUUAAAUGCCAAGGCUUUCUCUGGGAAGACCAGAGGCAGGGAGCUGACUGCUGUGUCUCUAGGAAGUGCUAAAGUCCAACCACAAAAGUUUGACUUAAUGGUUGGAAACCCAUCAUUUGAUAGUGAACAGAUGUCAGAAAUUGAGCUUGAGUUUGAGUUUGAACAAGAGGUUGACGAGUCCCAGAGGGGAGUGAGGUUGGUGGCCAACACGGACAAUGAAACUAGUGAACAGGGAUUAAAAUAUGUGAGCAUUAACUUUGACGUCUUUGCUGAGCCAGCAAAGGAUGAUAAGAUCGAAUUCAAAGGGAAGUCAUCAGAUAUGUGCAGCUUCCAGUUUCAGGUAACUGAAACACCCCCUAAAUGUAUCGUCCCCUUGAUGAAUGUAACAACUGCGGUAGGAACACCUGUUAUUCUUCAGUGUCUGGUUAAAGGCAAACCAAACCCCACUGCUGCAUGGUACAAAGAUGGAGAUCCUGUCACAGACAGUAGGUGCAUUAUCCAGGAGAAAACUGCCGGCCACUUUAACUUACUCAUUACAAAUGUGACCCAUAGUGAUGCUGGGGAGUACAAGUGUAUUAUUAAAAACUCUGCUGGCUGCACAGAAACCACAGCACUUCUGAAGGUGUUCUAGAUGCAACGGUUUCUGGUCGCACAAAGAUGGAGCUAUGCUGUAAUGUGUAUGAUCUUUGUUGUUUAUUUAUUUAAACGGGCACGACAAAAUGUUUGUCUCAAUAAAAUGUUUCGUUUGCAUUUAUCUAUUGAUUCUUUAGCCAUAGGCAGACUUAUGUUUUGUUUAACUGUUUUUUAGACAAGUGUGAGAGUAAAGUACUGAUUGAGAAGAAAAGUUAACCAUCUUUGCGAGACCGGCAAGGCCCGACGUUGGUGAAAGCAUAGUGUGUAAAUGUUUGGCUUAGGUCUUAGCGAUCUUGAUGACUUAAUUUACUUAUAAUUGGUGGAAAAAAUGUUUUUUUUUUUUUCUUAAUAUGUUUGUUAAAUUGUCUGGAUUUAAAUUGCGCUGUUUUGUUUUUCUUAAAUUUAGAAACUGGAGUCAGAGUCUUGAAAUUAGGUCACUUAAAUGAGUCAAAUGGAGCUUGAUUUAAACUGGAGUCUCAAACUGAGUCAUGAAAACACAAGCAGCAGCUUGAUGAUUGUCUGUGGGAGGUGAAUUGUAAUGGGAAGAAAAUUUCUAAAUCAAAAUGUAUGUUUCUGUAAAAAUGAGAUUUAUAAAAAAAAGUAUGAAAGAAACAAAUGUAUUGUCAAUUUUUAAAUUUUAGGAAUGCUAAAUAAAUAAAUAUUCUGAAUAGACAGAAACCAUAAAACUGUAUAAUGAAC